UAGAGUUGGCGGAAAAUUGGGCUUAUUUCCAACAACUCUACAUUGCUCUUUCUCAAUCCAAAUGAACCAUGGGUCAAUUUCAAACAGUCCUACAUUUAAUUUAAAAUUGAAAUUUCUUUUACUUUACACCCUAUAGUUUAUUGUAUGAUUUUAAAAUUUAAAAAAGAAAAAAAGAAAGAAAAUUACACGAUCACUUCAAUAUUUGAGCCUGUAGUUUGAUAAUACUAUGAUGUGGGACAAUAAACUUUUACGAAGGGGGGACUUGUGUUUUUGGAAUAAAAAUAUUAAUAAAGCAAAAUGGAUGGCAUCUCAUAAUAGUUGUUAGGAAUCAAAAUUAAAUGGUGAAAUUAGAAAAAUAGAAUUGAGAAUCGGCAUAUAGGUUACUUGCACUCAGCAACAAACAUCCUAAGAAUCAAUACAACAUGGCUUAAAUAAGUUACGUUUUUUAAAUUCACAUCUUUUUUCCUUGACACCUAGGCGGAAGCUGGCCAAUUGCUUAAUAAAAUCCAUUUUGUUCUCACGAAAAUAAGGUAAAAAAAUACCGAUUGGCCCAUUUAAAAAAAUAAAGAGAAUAAGCAAACUUUGUUAAUAAAAAUCAUAGAAGAAACAGACACAAUGGAGGAAGGAAGGAAUCAAAGUCACAAGUUUCUUCUUGUAUUUAUUUUCGUAUAUUAAAUGAAAGCUCGUAUUGAUAUUUGGCGAUUUCGGAAGGAAAAUAAUGGAGAUGGAGAAGAUAAAACAUUUCGAUCAUCCUUAUCAUGUGUUAUCGCUGAGUAACAAAAAGAGAGGUGAUCAAAUCUUAUGCGAGGCAUGCAGAGAAUACUGUGAUGGUCAGGCCUACGUUUGCAGCAGAGAAUACUGCGAUGGUCUGAUACACAGUUGCAGCGAGGGAUGUAGAUACAGCCUACACGUAUCAUGUGCAAAGCUUCCGCAACAUGUUCAAAGCCCCUUUCACCCACCACACCCACUUACCCUAAAGCCACAUGACCCUUAUCACCAUGGUGAUUUAUUUAAGUGCGAUGGUUGUACUAAGCACUACAAGGGGUUCGUCUAUCGCUGCGAAGAUUGCAAUUUCCAACUUGAUCGUGAAUGCGCUUUUAUGACGGUAAAGGUAAUAGAAGAAGGAGGGCAAUGGAAAGAGCAACUUCUCACACAUCCUUACCACCACCAUCCAUUGCUACUCCUUGACAAGGUGCCUGCCAAUGAGCGUUAUAAGUGCACCGUAUGCCUAUCACACUGCUCAGAUCAUCAUCAUUCAACCUAUGGUUGCAUCCCAUGUCGUUUAAUUAUCCAUGAUGGGUCAUGUUUUGAGAGGAAGUUGCCGCCACAGAUCCAACACUUCUAUCAUCCCCAUCCUCUCACCCUUUCUACCGCACUAUCAGAUCAAGAAGAUAAUACUUGCAAAGCUUGUUACGAAAAAUUCACCCGGGUCUGGUACUAUAGCUGUGAACAAUGCAAAGAUUUUGUGAUGGAUAUUCCUUGCACUUUACUGUUGCCCACCACCAUCGAUUGCAUCAAACCUGAAAGUGAUCAGAUUCAGCAUUUCCUUCACGGACAUCCUUUGUCACUCCGUAAGGCCGAUGAUCAAGAACAGGUUAUGCAUUGCCGUGUAUGUGACAAACGCUGCACAGGUCCUACUUAUGUUUGUGACAGUGGCAGAGCUUCCUCGUUAUUCUGCAAGAAGAUUUACUUUCAUAAAUCAUGCCUGGAGUUCCCGCAACAGAUCUGCCAUCCCUUCCAUCCAUACCACCCUCUCACCCUGCAGGAUGGUCAGAGUAAUUAUUCUGAUGAUAGAUGCAAUGCCUGUCGCAAGUCUACCACCGAUUAUUUCCUCUACAUUUGUCUCUAUUGUGAUUUCAUCAUAUCAAAUAACAAACCGCGCCAUUUUUGUUUGCAUGUUGAAUGCAGUACUAUGAUGAUGCCUGCCAUAACAUACGAAGGUCACACUCACCUUCUACAAUUCCGGGACGACAAUAUAGAGAGCAAUAAACUUCAGUGCAGCGCUUGCAAAUCCAAUAUUUGUGAAUCAUAUGACUUCAAUUGUCUCUAUUGUGAUCUCAAUCUGCAUCUUUCUUGUGGUCCCUUACCAUAUACCGUUAAACACAAAGAUCAUAAUAUACAUUCCCUCUUCCUUACAAAUUCACCGCUUCAAGAGGAAGUGGAAGAUGAGACAGAUGAAUUCUAUUGUCAUGCUUGUGAGGAAGAAAGAGAUCCACAAUUACCCGUUUAUUAUUGUGCAGAAUGUCAUUAUGUUGCUGAAAUUCAAUGUGUCUUCUCACAGAUAGUAUCAUCACUAAAGGGAGAGUAUGGAGAUUUAGAAUUAAGGAGUUCUCUUGGACAUUCUGGUAAGUUGAUUUGCAAAAACAAGGCGAAGGAGAUGGUACAAAAGAAAGAACAAGUCAAAGCGACUGUGACUUUGUAUGAUAUUUUGAAGUCUUGGAGUAAAGAUGAGAUCGAGCAAUUGAAUGGUGUUUUGAGGAUUGCAGAAACGAAAAAAGAUACCGCUAAAAAAGACGACCACGAUGAAGAUAGUGAAUUCGAAUUUUUCCUUCUUUUUAACAAGAAUUACACACAAGUCAUGAAGUUUCUUGAUCGUGGUGCAAAGAUUCCUACACCAUUUAAGAGUGUAGAAAAGGUUCCCGAGGUUAACUUUGAGUGGGCUCCUAUAGAAGAGGUAGUUAGUGUUAGGGAUUACAUGAUUAUCCAGAGGUUGGCCCCUAUCCUUGAGCCCUUGCUCUCCAAACACGGGGAUAUUAGUGCCAUGUCCACGUUAAGGCCAAGGGUAAGAAUGUAUUUAUAUAACAUGUUAUGUGAAAGUAUAUAUAGCAUGAUAAACACUAUGGUUGAGGAUAUCACAAAAGAUUUGCUUCUCGAGUGGUGGACAACCUUGAGGAUAUUACAAUUCGCAGAAUUUAAAAUUCAAUUUGCCUUCGACCAUUUGAAGAGAGUUGUGGAGGCUUACCUUGGUCUUCGUGUUAUAAAAGAAGUAGAAGAUGCUGUUGAUAAAAUCGAUAAAGAUAUCUUAGCACUUGAAGAAAAACGCAAGCGCAUAAUUGCUGCAAAAUCAACAAAAUCCAGCAUAACUGAGGAAUGCUUUAGAGAGGCUUUAUUAUUGAAGCAUUGUAAAGCGGGUACCUUAUUCUUCUUUUAAGAGCAUUAGCAUUCAGUGUAAACUCCCAAAUGGCUAUUUUAGCAACACACACCCUCAAAUCGAGUUUUAUCCAAGUGUGUAUUAAUAAAAUUUU